AUGUCAGACAAAGAAAAGAAUACAGUGGUGACAGAAUUGCACUCAUUGGUAGAAUUGAGCCACGACGAACAUGAUGUGAAGGCUGCAACAACCCAUCGCAGUACCAUUAGACACGAAAUUACUUCUGAGAAGGAAUUGGACGACGCUUACCUUUAUACUACUUUGUUGCGUAAAAUCGAUUUCUUCCUUAUGCCAGUAUUAUGUACUCUUUACUGUUUCCAGUUCAUGGACAAGUUGACCAACUCCUAUGCUUCUAUUCUUGGUUUACGUACUGAUUUACAUAUGGUAGGAGACAUGUACUCGUGGACCGGGUCUGCCUUCUAUCUUGGGUACCUUGUGUUUGAGUUUCCUGCUGUGGCACUUUUGCAGAGAUUCCCCGUUGCUAAAACUGUUGGAAUAUUCAUUAUCUUGUGGGGUGUCGUCUUAUGUCUUCAUUCUAUUGCAAAUUAUGCUGGGUUCAUUGUCCUUAGAACAAUUCUUGGAAUGCUCGAAAGUUCUGUGACCCCAGGGUUGGUGAUUAUUACCUCUCAAUAUUACCACGAAGUAUUCCUCAGAACUGCGUGGUGGUUUGCCAGUAAUGGAAUUGGCGCUAUCAUUGGGUCGGGAGCCAUUGCUUUCAAUAUUUUCAAUAAUGCUGGCAAUUAUUCAUUGAAAGCAUGGAAGUUGAUCUUUAUUGUAACAGGGGUUUGCACGAUUUUUAUUGGAGUCAUUUUCUUUAUCCACAUUCCAGAUAAUCCCACUAAGGCCUGGUUUCUUUCAGAAAGAGAAAAGAUUUUGGUGGUUGAGAGAAUCAGAGUAAACCAACAGGGUUUUGGUAACAAGAAGUUCAAGUUGUAUCAAUUCAAGGAAGCUCUUCUUGACCAUAGAACAUGGCUAUUCUUCUUUACUGCUCUCUUCAGUAAUAUCCCCAAUGGUGGCUUGACCAACUUUGCUUCCAUAUUGUUGUCAGAGGACAUGGGAUUCUCUACGGGAAAAGCAUUAUUGAUGCAAAUGCCAGGUGGAGCAGUGGAAAUAGCCGGUUGUGUCCUUUUGGCAUACUGUUCCAAUUUUUUGAAAUCCAGGAUGUUUUGGGCUGUUUUAGGUAGUGGAAUUGCAACAAUUGCCAUGUUUUUAUUGGCAUUUUCCAAUGAUGAUACCACUAAAUAUGCCGGCUAUACAACCACCCUUAUUGCUCCUAUCGGGUUAAUUUCCUUGUUGUCCAAUAUUUCCAGUAACGUCACUGGCCAUACCAAGAAGGUGACAGUUAAUGCAAUUUUGUUAAUUGGAUACUGUGUCGGAAACCUCAUAGGUCCUCAAACAUUUUUGGCUACUGAAGCUCCAAAUUUCAGGACCGCAAAGAUCUGUAUAGCUGUGUUUGCAAUGCUUUCAUUCAUUUGCUUCAACCUUAUUUGGAUCUCAUACUAUCUUCUGAACAAGAAAAAGGAUAGAGAGUAUGAGGAGGCCGGUGGCGAAUUUGAUUUGGGAGAGAACUAUGAGUUCACAGAUUUGACAGACAAGGAGAACCCCCUCUUUAGAUACAAAUUGUAG